AUGCUUCCAGAGCCCGUCCCUAUACUUCUGCUAACCAUUGCGACAUACAUCCUUCCCACCACAGCUGCCAGUUCCCCAGAGUCAUCUGAGGGAUUGGCACGUAGAAAUUCAAACCCUCUCGGUAUCAACUGGGCGCCCGCACCGGCACCAGAAGACGGACCGCCAUUAUCUGCCGGCUCUCUCCGGAAUCCUGCCUAUCUCCCUGCCCAGAUCGGCGGCAUCGUUGGAGCAUACGCCUUUUCAAUUGUUCUGGUAGCUGGCACGCUUCUUGCUCUCGCCAAAAGACGCCGGGAGCGUCUCACUGCGGCCCACGAAGAUUUCGAACCGUUCGAAGUUCCCGAAGACGUUAGGUUCCAGAGCUCGGUUGAGCUCAAAGAAGGCCUACCUGUUCCAAACUUUUCGUACCCGUCACCACAAAAAGAAGAUUUCGACGUCGAGAUACGUGGGCAGCUCAGAGGCUCACCUACAUCAUCAAUCUGCGGGCCAGGUGUCAACCCUUUUGUUGACCCAAACAUCGUCGCCGCCGAUCGGGUAAUGGCCCAGAACCAGCUCGAACAAAUGUAUAGACACGUCAUGGACCACGAGGAUUCGAAGAAGAGGGGUGUUGUGACUGAGGUGACGAUUGAACCGCCUACGCCUUCGCCAAGAAAGGAACGGAUCAAGCCUGCAAGCUUGAAUCUAUCCGAGGCCAGGGAGGCUGAAAGGCCACAGUCCAGAACAUCCUCAAUUCUCUCUUCAUUCCGAUCCUCAAAAAAGAAGCAAGUCAAGGGAUUGAACAUCUCAUCCCCAAUGAUGACACCGCAGUCCGCCACCUUCCCACGCAUCACUGACCCUUACGCCAAUGAACCUUCGACCCCUCGCUACUAUGCCCCGCCUCCAAUGCCAACUCCCAGGGAGCACGUCUUUCCUCCUGUUCCAGGUCUGGCGAGAACCAACAAUGUCCCAGUACCACCAGACCAGUCACCAGAGAGUGUUAUGAGCAUCGACGAGAGACUCGGCCUGCAACUUGACAGAAUGAACAUGAACCAAGGCAACCCGAGCUCAGAGCGGGUUGUAUCGCAAGCGUAUACAGAGGGUGAACCUGUUUCGGCCAUCUCGAGGCACUCAGGCCACUCGCAAGCUCCUCUGGUUGGCCUUCCGUCAUCACCCAAAGCAACAAAGACUUCCUUCCCCCCUCUCCCCUCAUCCCCAAAACCUGGUGCCUCAUUCUCUCGGGUAAAUGCACCUUCUGCAGUCCGGACGGGUGGCUCAUUGCCGCUUCGUGCCUACGAGCCCUCGGUAGGCUCACCAACAUCUGUUACACACUCUACAAAGCAAACCGUAUUUGAGCGGAAAGGACCUCUCUCGCCAGGAACUGCCAGAACCCCAGGGACCGCUAUGCCCUACUCUCCCUACCAGCCUUUUACACCAUGUGUACCUGUCACACCUAGCUUGGUCACCAAGGAGGAACGUAAGCGUAUGAGGAAGACGAUGCCCAAGACACCGACAAUGGAAAUGGUCAAGAGUUCAGAGGAGAUCUGGUGA